AAGUAGCGCGGGUGAAAGGUGAGUGCAGGCCAUGUUGGAGCUGCAUGCUGGGUGUGGGGUGAACAUUUUCUUUGCAGACAUCCUGCAGCGUCAGUAAGUACCCUUGUGGUUUUAACCGAACAAACUGAUAGAUAAGCCGCUGAGGAGACAGACGUCACGCCGGAUAGGAUGCCUCUAAACGCAGGAGACACCGGGUAUGACAGCGUGCCAGGCCCCGGACUCUCUGCCAGCGUGGGAGCCUCAGAGUCCUCCCCGCUACUCAUCCCGGAGCCCGAGCCCGAACAUGCCCACCGGUGGCAGCCCCUAAGCAGGGUGGAACUGGAGAUGGUCGCGGGGGGUCCUGGAUGGAGGAAGGUGCGUUGUUACCUGGUACUGCUGUUCUGGCUCUCCUGGCUGGCCUUGCUCGCCACCUCCAUCGCCAUCAUAAUGAUGAGCCCACGGCCUGUGGCUGAACCGCUCAGGUGGUGGCAGAAGACUGUGUUUUACCAGACCGACCUGCUCAUGGAGGCGCAGACCGAGGGUACAGGGGACGUCAGUGCUCUGUGUGAGCAGCUUCCCUACCUCAGGUCCAUGGGUAUAGGGACCCUAAUCCUGGAGGGUCUGUUUGUUAAAGACGUGUCUCCUUUAAACUUGACUGCAGUCGCUGAAAGGUUCAAGACUUUGGCUCAGAUCCAGCAUCUGCUCGCAGAGUGCAACAAAGCAGGUCUCAAAGUGGUGUUUGAUUUCUGUGGACUGAAUCUGUUGGGACCUCAGGACGCAGAAGGGACAUCGAACCUCUCAGCCACACAUGCACUUCGGUUCUGGUUGGAGCAGGGUGUGGCAGGCUUUGCAAUCUGUGACACAGAUGCAGCGUGUUCAGAAAAGACUCUGACGGAGUGGAGAGGCGUCUUUAAGGAAUUCAGCAGUCAGGAGGAGGAAAGGAUUGUGGUGGUGAAACAGAAGCAAGAUGUUCUGCUUCCUCUUAACAACGUUACACUUGUGGAUGUGGUCAUGAGGUCAAUUCUGCCUUCUUCGCCUCACUUCCUGUCUGCCAAGGAAGUGGCUGUUGCUAUAGAGACACGCCUGCAAACAAGAAAAGAAGAUAUAUGGCCCAGCUGGACAGUUGGAGGUAAAGCAUCUCAGAACUUGAAGAAAUUACUCCUUGUGUUGAUGAUGACACUACCUGGAUCACCUACAGUCCAGUAUGACAAAGACAUCGACCAAACACAGAACGUGUCCUUGGACACCAGCUCAUCACAUCGAGUGACAAAUGGAUCGGAUACUCAUACAGACACAGAGAAGACAAAGCGUUUAGCUGUAGCUCUCUUUACCUCUCUCAGUCGCUCCAGAGCCAGAGAAGAAGCUCUUCUGUACGGCAGCUUCACUUUCCUCCCCUUCAAUUCCACCACAAACUCCUCUUCCAACUCCACCCUUGCCUCUCCUUCACCUCCGCCGAUCCUGGCCUUCUUGCGCUCCUGGGGUUGUGUCCACUUCCUCAUUCUGCUUAACGUCGGGCCUGGGUUUCAUGCCCUGGAUCCUGCCUGGGCCCCGAGUCUGCCUGUAGCCGGAGUAUUUGUCAGCAGCACAGGAAUGGACCGUUUGGGGUCGAUGGCUCUAAACACGCUGGUGCUGCAGCCUCAUGAAGCCAUCGUCAUCAAACUGUUUGAGACAGGAAGCUACUCGUAGAGUUUUUCUGUCAUCACUUUGAGUCGAGAUUGAGCUGAUAGUCAGUUUGGUUUUUAAAGUUCUGAUAGGUGUGUACUCAGAUGUUACAGAAAAUAAAAUGAUUGUUCUGUGUGGCAUAA